UUGACCACUGCCGACAUGGACAGUUUCCUGCAAGUGCAAAAGAGCACCAUCGCCCUGCUGGGAUUCGAUCUCUUCAGCGAUGACCGAGAGAUGUGGAAGCGCCCCUACAGAGCCAUCAACGUGUUUGGCAUAGCUGCCAUUUUCCCCUUUAUCCUGGCAGCCGUGCUCCACAACUGGAUGAACAUAAUGCAGCUGGCCGAUGCCAUGGUGGCACUACUGAUCACCAUACUGGGCCUAUUCAAGUUCAGCAUGAUACUGCACCUGCGUCGCGAUUUCAAGCGCCUGAUUGACAAAUUUCGCCUCCUCAUGUCGAAUGAGGCGGACCAGGGCAAGGAGUACGCAGAGAUCCUGGACGCGGCCAACGGGCAGGAUCAACGCAUGUGCACUCUGUUUAGGACCUGUUUCCUCCUCGCCUGGGCCCUGAAUAGUGUGCUGCCCUUCGUGAGAAUGGGUUUCAGCUACUGGCAGACAGGUCAUGUCGAGCCGGAGUUGCCUUUUCCCUGCCUUUUUCCCUGGGACAUUCACAUCAUCCGCAAUUAUGCGUUGAGCUUUGUCUGGAGCGCCUUCGCCUCGACAGGUGUGGUCUUACCUGCCGUCAGCUUGGACACCAUAUUCUGCUCGUUCACCAGCAACCUGUGCGCCUUCUUCAAGAUCGCCCAGUACAAGGUGGUGCGAUUUAGGGGCAGAUCUCUCAAGGAGUCGCAGGCCACAUUGAACCAAGUGUUUGCCCUGUACCAGACCAGCCUGGAGAUGUGCAACGAUCUGAAUCAGUGCUACCAGCCGAUCAUCUGCGCCCAGUUCUUCAUCUCAUCCCUGCAGCUCUGCAUGCUGGGCUACCUGUUCUCCAUUACUUUUGCCCAAACAGAGGGCGUCUACUAUGCCUCAUUCAUAGCCACCAUCAUCAUACAGGCCUAUAUCUACUGCUACUGCGGCGAGAAUCUGAAGACGGAGAGUGCCCUUUUCGAGUGGGCCAUCUACGACAGUCCCUGGCACGAGAGCUUGGGUGCUGGUGGCGCCUCCACCUCGAUCUGCCGCUCUUUGCUGAUCAGCAUGAUGCGGGCCCAUCGAGGGUUUCGCAUCACCGGUUACUUCUUCGAGGCCAACAUGGAGGCCUUCUCAUCGAUUGUGCGCACGGCGAUGUCCUACAUAACAAUGCUGAGAUCCUUCUCCUAAAUGGCUCAACAAGGCUUUGGAUUGAUUUUUGUGCAAUUUUUGUUUUAUUGCUGAGCUGCGUUGCCGUACGACACUUAACAAUCGAUCUUACGUCAUUUACAAGGGUUGAUCUCACACAAAGUUCGUUAAGCACUAAGUAGAAUGUAGAAUGUAGAUUGUAGAGUGUAGAAUGUGAGUUGGCUGUAGAAAUGCACAGAUGACGCACG